AAUGAGAAAGUCAUUUACCUUUCCUCUCGUAUCUUUUAUCAGCAAAGCGGUAUACUGUAACAAGGGAUUUUCAUAUCGUUAUUACUAUACUGAAAUCCAUUUGUCGGAGAUACUUUGCUAAAUUAAAAGUGUUUUUAUUUUAUCUGGACUUGAUCACUGUGCUUGUUCUUUGUGAUUUUGGUCCGUUUCAGAUGUCUGCUGCGCGCGCUUUCCUUUUUUUGAUAUUUGGAUUUACCAUGCUGAAGUUCAUCUGCGGUUACAGUGAUGGAAGUUUAUUGAUCAACCAGUGUCAAAAUAUGGAUAUAAUUCAUUCAGGACAACAACCCACAGGACAAGAUUCAAACCCUUUCACCGUCGUUCCAGAUAACGUGACCGUGGGCAGUUUGCAAGUGGGAACGAGCAUAACAGUGACGCUCUCUGCUUCUUCUGGUUCAUUUUUGGGCUUUAUGUUGGAGGCUCGAGAGUGUGAUGAUUGUCCACCUGCUGGUACAUUUAGUUUGCUUGACUCGGCCAACAGUCUGCUCCUCUGUGACGGCCAGGCCGUGGCUCAAACUGACAAUUCAGAUAAAUAUUCACUCCAAGUGACGUGGACGCCUCAAGGCACUGGAUAUUUUUUCUUCAGAGCUGCAUUCGUCCAGGUUUUUGGUUCAUUCUGGACAAAAAAAGCAAUCAUACUCCCGACAACAACAACAUUGCCGCUGACGACAACGCCAAUGACAACGUCACCGCUGGUAACAACACCGAGAAUGAUGCAGACAAUGAUGCAAACAACGAUGCCGACAAUGACGCAGACAACCACACAGGCAACAACACCGUCUACGACGCAGGCAAUGAUGCAAACAACGACGCCAACAAUGACACAGACAACAACAACGACUCAGACAAUGAUGCAAACAACAACAUUGACACCAUCCAAGACACUUACGACACUGCAGAUGAUGAUGACAACAGCCACUACAACAACUACUGACACCACCACUACUGUAACAACUUGCCGUACAACGUUAGACGCAUCCACUGCACCACCAACCUCUGCAGUCAACAAUACGCAAACAGGUCUAACUGUAUUUACAACACCAAACCUACAGGCUACAGUCAAUACUACACAAACAGAUUCAACUACAAACACAACAAUAACAUCAAACACACAAUCACAGACUACAGUGACACCAUCAUACCUGUUGCAGUGUGUGCAGUAUUUGAGAAGUUGUGUGGCACUGUUGUUAUUCAGCAGACUUUGUUUUCUUGGAGGCUCUUCUCUUCUCAUGAUCAUCAAACCAGUUUCAAAGAUGCUCACCCAGAUUGCAUCCAUCAUUGAACUAAUAUUCAAAACUAUUGCUACUGUCCUUGUAUUAAUAAAAGCAGUUCAUUAUGACUGUGAGAAUGCUGGUUUGCAGUUUGUGUUUGCUGCUUUGACAGUGACUGCAAUGGUUACAGGCCUGAUGCACACCAUCACCGUUUUCCUUCACCGCGGACUAAGCCAUGAAUUAAGAACGUGUUGGAUUGGUUCUCUCAUAAUAGUUGACCUACUGAAUACACUCAUGACAUCCAUCUCAAUAUUUUAUGGGUUAUGGUGGUUUCAAGGACGCUGGUUGCUAAUAGUAAUGGCAGUUUAUGUUAUAUUAGAGUUCAUCCUUCACUUUGGAGCUGUUGUUUAUGAACGGAUGGAAAAACACAAGACAAGAAUGAGAGUGGAACAAAAUCGUCCUGUUCCAGACAACAGGAAAUCCCCAUGGUUCUUCAUAUUUGCCAUUUGUUUAGUGAUUUAUGUAAUGUUUACAGUUGCACUUAUUGUAGGAGUGGUCAGUUAG